AUGGAAAGGAAUUAUACUUUUACUGGUGAUUUCAGUCCUGAGGCAGUAGCAGCAGUUCUUAUCAUUACUAUUUAUCAAAGGAAGUCCUGGAAACAAUCAUUAACAAUAUUCUUUACUUCUCUCAUACUGGCACACCUUGUAUUGACACUCUAUCUUCCUUUCUCCAUUGCUGCAUUAGCUGCUCGUGAAUGGGUUGUUGGUGGCACUGAAGAAGAAAAGCAAGGAACCUGUGGCUUUACUGCUUUUGUGAUUUUAUUCAGUGUCUAUGUGAUGCUCAUGACUCUAAGUCUUGUCUCAAUUGAUCGGUUCCUUUCCAUUGUAAAGCCUCAUCUCCACAAGCGGUUCAUGAGUCCAAGGGUAGCUCUGGUCCUUGUCAUUAUUGUGUGGAGUUUUGAUUUACUUUUCUUUUCUACUGGAUUCAUUGAUGGCUCUGGUGUUGAAUUCCGCUAUAUAGAUUAUCUGGGAGUCUGCUAUGCUUUUACUACCAGCCCAGUUAUGGCCAUCUUUCGUUUUUUCUUUGCUUCGUUGAUAUUUAUAAUCAUCAUUGUCACAUCA